GGAGUAGUACCAGAUCGGCCCAUCCUCCAUGAGAUCUUCCUCGAGGACGGGGUCGUACCUCCGCGUGGUUGCAUCUACCGCAUGAGCGAGGAAGAGUUAAGUGUGCUAAGGGCACAACUGGACGAUCUUCUUGAGAAAGGAUGGAUUUGGCCUAGCUCUUCGUCAUACAGUGCUCCCAUUCUCUUUGUCCGAAAGAAGAACAAGGAGUUGCGGUUGUGCAUCGAUUAUCGCAAGCUCAACGCGCAAACCGUUAAGAACGCCAACCCUCUUCCGCGCAUCGACGACCUCCUCAAACGACUUGGCGGCGCCAAGUUCUUCUCCAAGCUUGACCUCAAAUCGGCAUAUCACCAACUCGAGAUCCGGCAGGAGGACCGCUACAAGACCGCGUUUAAGACGGGAUAUGGGCAUUUCGAAUGGCUGGUUAUGCCUUUUGGCCUUACGAAUGCCCCGGCCACAUUCCAAGCGGCUAUAACAACUGAGUUCCGACACAUGCUGGAUAGAUUCAUACUCAUCUACCUCGACGACAUCUUGGUGAACAGCCGGAGUUUGGACGAGCAUGUGGAGCACCUGUGCACCGUUUUGGAGCGGCUACGACAAGCCACGUACAAAGCCAACCGCGACAAAUGCGAAUUCGUGCGGCAAGAGUUGGAAUACUUGGGACAUUAUGUGACGUCGCAAGGCAUCCGUCCGCUUGCGGACAAGAUCGAGGCCAUCCGCGAAUCUGGCACGAAGAUGAAACCAAGUUCGGCUCGGCAUCCACAAACGGACGGGCAAACGGAGCGAGCACAUCAAACCGCUCAAAUGAUGCUUCAUAUGCUCAUCCGUCCAGAUCAGAAGGAUUGGGUUGACCGCCUCCCCGACAUCGAGUUCGCCUACAACACUUCAUUGCAUCCGGCGAUCGACGUAACUCCAUUUGAGCUGCACCACGGUGGCCGGAAAGGUCGUAUCUUCGCGGAGCUUCUCCUCUCACGAACAGCCGACAUAGACGUUGCUUGCUCCCCCGCUUCCGUUUGGAAGUACAGGCAAUUGCUGGCUCAAGUCCGCGCGAACAUGCAAAAGGCUCAAGUCCGCAUGCAGCAGCAAGCCAACAGGCAUCGCGUGCCAUGUCCCAUCCGCGCCGGUGAUCUGGUGUGGGUCUCCGCGGAAGAGUUUGCACUCGAACAGGAUGUUCACGCAAAUUGCUUCCCAAGUGGUUUGGACCAUGCCCAUAACAUCAGCCGCGGGCGAUGAGCCCAAUGGCCCCUCAUUUGUGAUCAACAUUCCCCCGCAUCUGACGGUCCAUCCAGUCUUUCACGCCUCGAAGCUGGCAACAUAUA